UUUAGUCACACGUCGAUCAACGAAAUGAACAAAGUUAUAUUACGGAUUUGUGCGGUACUGCUCGUGCUGGGGAUUUCCGCCGUGGUGGCCCAACCAGAUGGAAGGAUUGUUGGCGGUGCAGAUACCUCCAGUUACUAUACCAAAUAUGUGGUGCAGCUGCGCAGGCGCAGUUCUUCGAGUAGCUCCUAUGCCCAGACCUGUGGUGGCUGCAUCCUGGAUAAUGUGACCAUAGCAACCGCGGCACAUUGUGUCUACAAUCGCGAGGCGGAGAACUUCCUAGUGGUGGCCGGAGAUGCUAGCCUUGGUGGCAUGAAUGGUGUGGUGGUGCGAGUUACGAAAUUGAUUCCCCACCAGCUCUACAACGCCUCAAUCACGGAUAAUGACAUUGCCCUCGUUAUCGUGGACCCCCCUCUGCCUUUGGCCACCUAUGACACCAUGGAAGCCCUUGAAAUCGCCUCGACUCAACCUGCUGUGGGUGCCCAGGCCACCAUUAGCGGUUGGGGUUACACUAAGGAGAAUGGCCUGUCCUCCAAUCAGCUUCAGCAGAUUAAUGUUCCCGUUGUGGAUUCCGCAAAGUGCCAGGAGGCCUACUACUGGCGACCCAUCAGUGAUGGAAUGCUGUGUGCUGGUGUCCAGGAGGGCGGCAAGGAUGCCUGUCAGGGAGACUCCGGAGGUCCACUCGUUGUGGCCAACAAACUCGCUGGCAUUGUUUCCUGGGGAGAGGGAUGUGCCCGUCCCAACUAUCCCGGAGUCUAUGCUAAUGUGGCUUACUUUAAGGACUGGAUAGCCGAACAGCGAGCUUCUUAUGCAUUCUCGAUUCUGCGUGGCUUUGCAAACAUGUCGCGCUCUUGGUUGGUUUGCCUUUCGGCCCUUCUCGCCUGCCUGGUGGCCCUUACGCAGGGUCUUCCCCUCCAGGAGGAUCAGGACGAGAAGAGCGUGCCCGACGGUCGCAUUGUGGGUGGCUAUGUGACGGACAUUGCCCAGGUUCCGUACCAGAUUUCCCUGCGCUACAAGGCCCUUAGCACGCCGGAGAAUCCCUACCGUCAUCGCUGCGGUGGUUCCAUUAUAAGCGAAACUGAGGUCGUGACGGCGGCGCACUGUGUCAUCGGCACGGUGGCAAGUCAGUUCAAGGUGAUUGCCGGAUCAAACUAUCAAACUGGUUCCGAUGGCGUUAUUACCAACGUCAAGGGUAUCUAUAUGCACCAGGAGUAUUACUCGGGAGCGGCCUACAACAACGAUAUCGCCAUUCUCGUUGUGGAUCCCCCACUACCACUCAAUAACUUCACCAUCAAGGCCAUCAAGUUGGCCUCAGAGCCACCGCUAGAAGGAACGAUCAGCAAGAUCAGCGGCUGGGGAACCACUUCCCCCGGUGGCUACUCCUCGAAUCUUCUCCUCGCCGUCGAUGUGCCGAUCGUGAGCAACGAACUGUGUGAUCAGGACUACGAGGACUUUAUCGAUGAGACCUACCACAUCACUCCAGUCAUGCUGUGCGCCGGAAAGCGGGGAGUCGGUGGUGCGGAUGCCUGCCAGGGUGAUUCCGGAGGACCCUUGGUGGUGCGGGAUGAGCUCUAUGGCGUCGUGUCCUGGGGCAACAGCUGCGCCCUGGCCACCCAUCCCGGCGUCUAUGCCAAUGUCGCUACCCUGAGGUCUUGGAUCGAUGCCAUUAGGGCAGAGCUGCAAUAUUCGAUAGGAACCUCAGGCUCGUGCAAAUCGUCGGAAAGGAUCAGGACCAUGUGUAUCCCGCUACUGCUGCUGGCCAUUGGGUUCUCAUCCAUUUUAUCCAUUGAUGGACUGACCCAACCGGAGGGCAGGAUUAUUAAUGGCACUACGGUGGACAUAGCCCGUCAUCCGUAUCUGGUCUCCAUUCGGUAUCGCCGGGAUGAGGAGUCGAGCUACAAGCACGAGUGUGCUGGAGUCAUCAUCUCGGAGCAGGCAUUGCUCACCAGUGCCCAGUGCAUUGUUGACUUACCCGAGGGCACUAAGCUUCUGGCUGUGGCUGGAGCUAAUACCCGCAAUGGAACCGAUGGAUUUAUUUACCCCGUUGCCAACUGGACCCAUCAUCCGAACUACGAUCCUAUCACAGUGGACAAUGAUAUCGGCGUCCUCCUGCUGGACACUCCCUUGAACCUCACGUACUUUGGAAUCAACUCAAUUGCCAUUCGACCGGAGCGUCCGGCAGUGGGUCGUUUGGCCACAGUGGCCGGAUGGGGCUAUCGGGAGGAGUGGGGUCCCUCCAGCUACAACCUGGAGCAGACCGAAGUUCCUGUCGUAAGCGCAGAGCAGUGCAUCCAGAUCUAUGGCACGGGUGAGGUUACUGAAAGGAUGAUCUGUGCGGGCUUUGUGACCCAGGGAGGCAGUGACGCCUGUCAAGGAGACACCGGUGGACCUCUGGUCAUCGAUGGCCAGCUGGUGGGUCUGGUGUCCUGGGGUCGCGGAUGCGCCCGACCCAACUACCCCACCGUCUACUGCUACGUGGCCAGUUUUGUGGAUUGGAUCGAGGAGACCAUAGCAGCUGCUGGAGCGCAAUAAACAUUGGCAUUUUCGCGGCAAUCGAUACGCUAUCUUCAAGUGGCUACCGCCCGGAUAGAGCUACCUAAUUCAAUAAAAAACCGUAAUCAAACAAACAAUAUACUAUGUUAUCGCCUGUAUUG